UAUAAAGGUGGUAAUUCGGAACAUUGACAGUGCGCGACAGUUCGCCGGCGGUAGUUCGUAAUCCGCUUCGUUUUAGUUUAUUAUUCGUAGUUUUUAAUAAAUAGUAUAGUCCUUCAAGCGUUCUAAUAAUAAUAUUAAUAUUAAGAAAAAGAAGACAAAAAAAUUGAGCAUCGAAGAAGUUCAGAUCGUAGACGUUUUUAAUAUAAAGCAGCAGACGAAGACAAAUAUAAAAGGGGAAACGUCAAAAAUCCUGAAGCACCGCCCUUCGUUGUAAAAGUAAUGGCCCCAUCAAGCUUCGAGUUAAUACUCUUUGGAUUCAUCCUGUUAUUACCUUUUCUCUAUGAAACAAGCCGGACUUUUCGUUAUUACUUCAAGUUUAUCGUCUAUUAUGGCAUUGUAACUUUCAUCGCCACUGUAUUGAUACCGAUAUUUCUUCUACGACCGAGAAGCCUAAAGAAUCUUGUAUUAUCAUCAUACUUUUGCAAUCAUAUUAGCUUUUUAUUGGGAUUACGUUGGGAACUUAGAGGGAAAGAACAUUUAAAUCAAGAUGUAGCAUGCAUUAUAGUAGCUAAUCAUCAAAGUUCCUUAGAUCUUUUGGGGAUGUUUUAUUUAUGGCCGAUAAUGAACAGAUGUACAGCAGUCGCUAAAAAAGAAGUCUUUUAUGCCUGGCCUUUUGGUCUUGCUGCUUGGCUAUCUGGAUUAAUAUUUAUAGAUAGAUUGAAUUCAAAAAAAGCCCGUUCUGUUAUUAAUACAGCCUCCAAACAAUCAAAAGAUAAAAAGUUCAAACUAUGGAUAUUUCCAGAAGGUACACGACAUAAUACUGGAGAAAUUCAUCCAUUUAAAAAAGGUGCCUUUUAUGCUGCAAUUAAUGCUCAGUUACCUAUAUUACCAGUAGUAUUUUCAUCAUAUUAUUUUUUGUCUAACAAAGAAAAAAGAUUUGAUUCAGGUCACACAGUUAUAACAACAUUACCACUUAUAUCUACUAAGGGAUUAAACAAAGACGAUGUAGAAUCAUUAAUGGAGAAAACUAGAAAUAUUAUGAGCGAAGUCUUUCAUGCAACUAGUACAGAGGUACAACUUGCACUUCCUUCUGCUAAGCCAUAUAUAGAAUGAUCAUUCCUUGAGAAUUCAACUGACACUUUAAUUGAAUUUCAAAAUGAAACCCAAAGACUAAUGUAUCCUUUUUGUCUGCUUUUAAUAUUAAUCGAUUAUAUUUAUUUUCAUUGUUAUAUUUACAAAAGGACGUUGAUUACAAGUAAAAAAAAUCGUAUUAAUUC